CGCCGCGUCUAUCACAACAGAGGGACGAGGACGGGAUGUUUUUCUAGCUUUCGAGUGUGAACACAGCAACACCACCGACGACCACGACGACGUUUUCUUUGUGUAUGCAGAAUCUGGAUUCGCUCACUUGAUUGAUUGCUUUACGACAACUGUGCGCUCCCAGGACCCAGGCCUUUUGCACAGCCAAAUGAUGCGUGACGCUUGAUUUGGGUUUCGUUCAAACUACAGUCAAUGUUGACAUUUGCGUACUGAGCACACCACCAUGUCUUCAACCUCGCCGCAGAAGCGCGGGAAUCCCUUCUCGAGGACCGGGUCCUGUUCUCCUGCUCCAGGCAAUUCCAAUGGCAGGCCAAAGUCCAUGGUCUCGAAUUCGCCUUUAUCUAGCUCGCAAAGCUCUGGGCAUAAUCGGUCAUACUCUUCCCUCGCAGGAGUCGCAUCACCUAGCUACACACCCGUAACACGGCAUCGCUCCAACUCCAAAACUGCUGGUCCUUCGUCGAACACUUUUGCGCCAUCAUUUAUCAAAUCCGAAGAAAGCCAGAAGGGGGCGGAGGCCGUGAAGGGAAUUGAGGGAGAGAAUGACUUCUCCGGCAAGAGAUAUGUCUGGCUGAAGGACCCAGAUACUGCUUUUGUGAAGGGUUGGGUAGUAGAGGAGUUAGAGGGCAACCAGAUCUUGGUGCAAUGUGAUGAUGGGAGUCAAAGAGAAGUCCAUGCAGAUAGCGUCGACAAGGUCAAUCCGGCCAAAUUUGACAAGGCGGACGACAUGGCUGAACUCACGCACCUCAAUGAAGCCUCCGUGGUUCACAACCUUCAUAUGAGAUACCAGGCGGACUUGAUAUACACAUACUCAGGCCUGUUUCUGGUUGCGAUCAAUCCCUACUGUCCGUUGACGAUUUACACGAACGAGUAUAUCAACAUGUACAAAGGUCAAGGGCGAGAGGAGACGAAACCACACAUAUAUGCAAUGGCUGACGAAGCUUUCCGGAAUCUGGUAGACGAGGGAGAGAACCAGAGUAUAUUGGUAACAGGAGAAUCUGGUGCGGGAAAGACAGAAAAUACGAAGAAGGUCAUCCAAUAUCUGGCUGCUGUUGCGCACUCUGACUCACCAGUCAAGAAUAAGGUGCAACAUUCAAAUCUCUCACAGCAAAUCCUACGAGCAAAUCCUAUCCUGGAAGCUUUUGGUAACGCUCAAACCGUGCGAAACAAUAACUCUUCUCGUUUUGGAAAAUUUAUCAGGAUCGAAUUUACCCGGACCGGAACCAUUGCUGGAGCGUUCAUUGACUGGUAUCUGCUUGAAAAGUCUCGUGUUGUACGACUCAAUGCGCAUGAGCGAAAUUACCAUGUUUUCUAUCAACUUCUCAAGGGCGCCGAUCGCAAUAUGAAGCAAGACUUUAUGCUGGAUGGCCUGGACGUGGAAGACUUUGCAUAUACUCGAGACGGCCAUGAUACCAUCGCUGGUGUCUCUGACGUGGAAGAGUGGAACCUGCUUAUUGAAGCGUUCGCCAUUAUGGGAUUUUCGGACAAGGAGCAGGUCUCAAUCCUGCGGACUAUUGCUGCUGUCCUUCAUUUAGGCAACAUCACUGUUGUGAAGGAGAGUAGAGCAGCCGACCAGGCUAGGCUUGCUUCCGAUGCCCGUUCUCAUGCCGACAAGAUGUGCAGAUUACUUGGAAUACCAGUCGAGCCGUUCCUACAGGCACUCCUGCAUCCUCGUGUCAAAGCUGGACGAGAAUGGGUAGAAAAGGUGCAGACACCGGAACAGGUCAGAUUCGCAAUCGACGCCCUUGCGAAAGGUAUCUAUGAACGGGGAUUUGGCGAUCUUGUCGGUCGUAUCAACAGACAGCUAGACCGCACGGGUAUGGGAUUGGAUGACUCCCGCUUCAUCGGAGUACUUGAUAUAGCUGGAUUCGAAAUUUUCGAGGAGAACAGCUUUGAGCAGUUGUGCAUCAACUAUACAAACGAGAAACUACAGCAAUUCUUCAAUCAUCACAUGUUCGUGCUCGAGCAAGAAGAAUAUGCUCGAGAGCAGAUCGAAUGGAAGUUUAUCGAUUUCGGACACGACCUUCAACCCACGAUCGAUCUCAUCGAGUUGCCCAACCCUAUCGGAAUCUUUUCUUGCUUGGACGAAGAUUGUGUAAUGCCCAAGGCGACAGACAGAUCAUUCACUGAGAAAUUACAUUCGCUUUGGGACAAGAAGACGACCAAAUACCGCCCUUCUCGGCUGGGACAUGGGUUCAUGCUCACCCACUACGCUGCCGAAGUUGAGUAUUCAACAGAAGGCUGGCUGGAAAAGAACAAAGAUCCACUGAACGACAACAUCACCAGGCUCCUUGCCGCAUCUACUGAUAAACAUGUCGCAACACUCUUCGUCGAUUGUGCUGAUACAGAUGGCGAUCCAGGGGCUACAAGAAGUCGCGUGAAGAAAGGCCUUUUCCGCACAGUCGCGCAACGACACAAGGAGCAGCUUUCCAGUCUCAUGGCACAGCUCCAUUCGACACAUCCCCACUUUGUUCGGUGUAUUAUUCCGAAUCACAAAAAGCGUCCCAAGCAACUGAAUGCUCCACUUGUUCUGGAUCAAUUGCGCUGCAAUGGUGUACUUGAAGGUAUCAGAAUUGCAAGGACUGGAUUUCCCAAUCGGCUCCCAUUCUCCGAGUUCAGACAUCGAUACGAAGUACUCUGCCGGAAUAUGCCUAAAGGAUACCUCGAUGGCCAAACGGUUGCUACCAUCAUGCUCGAAAAGCUCAACCUCGACAAGUCUUUGUUCCGGGUCGGUCUCACGAAAGUCUUCUUCAGAGCUGGUGUUCUUGCUGAGCUCGAAGAGCAGCGUGACGCUUUGAUCCGAGAGAUCAUUGCACGAUUCCAGUCUGUUGCUCGUGGUUUCACUCAGCGAAGAAUUGCCCACAAAAGACUCUACCGAGCAGAAGCGACUCGUAUCAUUCAGAAGAACUUCCAAGUUUAUCUCGACUUGGGUGAGAAUCCGUGGUGGAGACUCUUGGUGAAGAUGAAGCCUCUUCUGGGCGCUACUCGUACAUCAGGAGAAGUGAAGAAGCGAGACGAAAUGAUCAAAAAGCUUAGCGAGAAGAUGGAGCAAGAAGCUGCCUCCCGUCAAAGGUUAGAGGAUGAACGUCGCAAAGCUCACAUUGAGUUGCAGGGCUUGCAACAAGUUCUUGAGGGCGAACGUGCAACAGCAUUGGAUAAGGAAGAGAUCUCAAGGAGACUACAUGAGCAGAAGGGUCAACUUGAAGACCAGCUCCUCGCCGCCGAGGAGGAGAUUGCCGAACUUGAACGCCAGCAAGAUGCACUACUGCAAACGAGACACAAGGCAGAACAGGACAGUGAGAUGUACCGAACACAACUGGAGCAAGCAGGGCAGAUGAUUGUUAAGUUAGAGGCAGAGAAAAGGGAACGGACCCAGGAAAGAGACGAUCUACAGGACCGGAUUGACGAGAUGGAGCGAAACCAAUCUCAAAAGACCGCCGAAGAAUCACGCCUCCAAAAGGACAACAAUAUGCUUCAGAGUCAACUCAAUUUGAAAGAUAGGAAACUUCAGGAUCUCGAAGGUCAACUUCUCAAAGUAGAUCAUGAAGCCGAUGUCAAGUUGGCUAAUGCAACUCGGGACCUUCAGGUGAUUCGCAGCAGGGAGCAAGAUUUGAACAGCGAAAAUCGAAAGCUGAACCAACAGCUCUCUGAAUUGGCUGCCGCAUCCACUGGAUACGAGGAUAUUGUUCGUCGAAAGGAGAGUGAGCUUGCAGUUCUGCGAUCCGAUAACCGGAAGUAUGAGUCGGAGCGAAAGACAUUCGAAGACGAGAAACGAUCCUUGAUCGCCGAGAAAGAAAACGUUGUGAAUCGACUCCGGGAAGUGCAAGCCGAAAUGUUUGCCAUGAAGUCGCAAAAGGCCCAUCUUGAAAAGGAGGCAGCGGAAACCAAGAGGCUCCUUGAUGCACGACUCACUGAAGAUGCUCAAGCAGGUGAAACUCGCAAGAGGUUGGAGCAGGACAUCGAGUACUACAAGGGCGAGCUAGAAAAGACACAAAAGGAACUCAGUAGGACAGCCCAAUCUCGAGAUGAUGUUCAAAUGCUCGCAGAACACAAAUACAAGGAGCUCAACGAUAAGUUUCUGGAAGUUAAUGAGGCGAAGAUCAUCAUCGAAAAGGAGUUAUAUGUACAGCAAGACACUCUAAGGCGGGCAAUGGAAGCCAGAGUCACAGCCGAAAAGGAGCGCAACGAGGCUCGAAACGAAAUCAGACGCCUUAGGGAAGCUAAAGCCGCAGCUGAAGAGGCUAGGCUUCAGGCCGAGUUGUCGAACGAUCGGAGCGCGUUGAGAGUGGCCCGUGAACGGGAGACCAGCUUGCGAAAAGACCUGGAUGAGGAACAGGGUCGUGCAAAAUACUUUGAGGAGCAAUGCACUUUCCUCACUGGCCGGGUCAAAGAGUUGGAGAAGACUAUUCUCGACUCCGGGAAAUUUGGACUUCAAGUCGACCAGGAGAAGGACCGUCUCCAACGAGAGCUUAAUGCAGCCAAAAGUCGUCUCGUGGCAUCAGAGCGUGACAACAAGGCGCUCCUCACCAAGAUUCAACAGAAGGGGCUUGAAAUCUCUAGAUCUAACUCGGUGGUCAAUCAGCGAAGCCAACAGGAAAUCAUUGCAUCCCAAAGAGAGAAGGCUAAGGUUGAGGAGCAAAACCGCAAAAUCACCAAGCAAUUGGAGACUGCCCAGAACGAAAUCGCUUCCCUUCGGAAGAAAAACGAGAAACUUCAAUUGGACUUGGAAGACCGUGCUCACGAGGUUGCUCGGGAACACAAGAGCACCCGCAAUGCCGAGAAAUCUUCAUCAACUACCACCAGCCAGCUGGCUGAAGCAGUGCGGAACCUGGAAGCCGAGCGGCAGCAGCACACGCGAUCACGAGACUCGAAUCGCCAACUCCAAACCAUUGUGGAGACCCGUGAACAAGAGUUACUACAACUGCUACGGAAAGUCGAUCCUGAAUGUAAUCAUCCUAUGCCUCUGCUCGAUGGUGCCAGUGACAGAAGUGCAACAAAGACUCCAAAUCUUGUACCCACUCUUGUUCAAAAGGUGGAGGAAUUGUACCAGAAUCUUCGGGUCCAAACCGCUGGCCGAACCAACGCAGAAUCUCAAUUGGCAGAGCUGCGGAAGAGAUUCGAGGAUGAGUUUGGAGAAUCGCCUGAGAGACAUUCUCCAAGUCGCCCCAGACUGGAAGAGAUCAAUCCAAACCAGGCCUCAUUCAACCACUCGCCAAGUCAUCUUCGAAACAAGCUCAACGGACGCCCUCGUUCCAACGUGACCACGCCCACCCGCAGAUUCCCAAGCAACGGGACCGAUGCUCAGGACUCGGGACGCUCUGAUCGAACCGCUGACAUCUUAAGCUUCAAUAAUCGGAUGGAUCUCAAGGCCGAUUUUGAAGAAUUGCAAAACCAACUCCAGAUGACACAGAUGCAGAACCGUCAUCUCCAGAGUCAACUCGAGCGGACAACACCUGCCAGAGAAUUAUGGCCCGAUGAUAGCCCCUCCCUCCGUCGCGUACAGAAACUGGAACAAGUAAACAGCAGACUACAUGACAUGCUGGAUGAUUCUGCUAAGAAGGUUUCUGCCUUGGAGAAGAGUAUCCAGACUGGCGAGUUGUCACUGAGAGACGUCCAGACCAAAUCGCACGAGGAGCUCUUCGAUCUCAUCAACAAUCAGGAAGAUUCUCGCCGCUCGUUACUGCACAUUCACAAUGAUACUGUUGCUGAUCUUAACGACACCAAGAAGCAUUAUGAAGAGCUAAAGCGGACGCGGGCUACCCUGGAAGUUGAGCUCAGAGAUGCCAAGUCAGACCUUGACGAUGUCACACAGCAAAGAGAGCAAGAUGCUGCCAAUAGAAGUCAAUUACUUCAGGAAUUCGCGGAUCUCCAGAUUCGCCUUGACGCGGAAUCUUCCAAGCUACUGGACGUAACAUCCAGUCUGUCCUUGUACAAGAGUCGCGCCGAUGAGUACUUCAGCAAGUUGGAACAGGCCGAGAUUGCAGUCAUGAAAGCAAAUAGAGCUGAACAGUUCGCCAAGUCCCAAGCGAGAGAAGCCGAGGAGACUUGCGCCGAGAUCAUGUCUGAACGCAAGCAGACGGACGCGACGAUCGAGGAUCUGCAACGACAGAAUCAGAGCUAUGAAGAACGCCUUGAGGAUAUCUCCGUUGAUCUGGAAGCCGCUCUUCAAGCGAGAAAGCGACUCCAGCAUGAGCUUGAAGACUACCGAAGUCAGCGAGCAAUGGACAUCGAAGACAAAGAGACGAGUAUGGAGCAAACUCGUAAGAAAUACCAGGCCGAAUUUGCCACACUCACCAAUGAGUUGGACAUUGCUCGGGAGGAGAAGCUCUUCAGACAGUCCGAAAAUACUCGACUUCGAGAAGAGUUGGAGGACCUUCGGUCAAAGUGGGAUGAUGAAGUGCUCAACAGCUCCACUUGGUCCAAGGAGAAGGCUCGCCUUGAGUCGACACUCUCAGAUCUUUCAGCUUCUCGCGAUGAAGCUAUCAAGGCUCAUACCGAUGCUCAGGAUAAGAUUGUCAACAUGAUGUCUCAGCUUCGCAGCUUGAGAACCACCAUGGACGACGUAAGUGCCGAACGCGAUAUGCUUCAGCGAGAGAAGAGAGGUCUCGAAGCGCGAUUGUUGGAAGCUAAGACCGGUCUCGACGAUCUCGCUCGUGGAGACAGUCCUUCGUUGCGCAAUGCCGCCAGUCUCGAUCGUGAGCUCCUCGAAUUGAAGUCCAGCCUUGCACAGCAGGAAGACAUCGUUGCUGCCGCUGUAGGCAAGAUGCGACGUGCCGAGGCUCUUACUGCUGAGAUGCAGAAGGAUAUCGUUGCUGAGCGAGAGACCACUGCGCAACUCCAUACUGAGAAGGCUGCGCUUGAGAAGUCGCUCAAGGAGCUUCAAGUCCGACUCAUCGAUCUCGAAACAAAGGGCUACUCCAGUGCCAGCCAGGAUGUGAGGUUCCUACACGGUCGGGUUCAAGAGCUGGAAUCCCAACUCGAAGCCCAAGAAACCGAACGGAACAAAUCCCAACGUUCUGUCCGCAAUGUCGAUCGUACCGUCAAAGACCUCCAACUCCAAAUCGAGCGCAAGGAAAAGGCAAACGCCUCUCUCCACGAAGACAUCUCCCGCUCCCGCGACAAAGUCGAGAAACUCCUCAAAACCAUCGACGAACUCCAAAGCAGCGAAAGUGAAGGACAACUCGCUGCCCGCAGAGCAGAGCGCGCUCUCAAUGAGGAGCGCGAGAAAGCGCUGAGACUUGAGCGCGAACUGGAGGGGUGGAAGGGUCUGAAGGGCUCUGGGACGGUGAGGAGGGGGAGUGGUGCUGUUUGGAAUAUGAAUGGGACGUCGGCGGAUGAGAAUGGUAUUGAUGUGCCGAAGCGGAAGAGUAGCGUUUCGAGGCAGGUGAGCUUGAGUAAAGGCUUUCUGUGAGGCGAGGGAGGUGGAUGUGGAGAAAGAGAAAGAGGAACAGAGAGUUGAACAAUAAUGUUAAUAGCGAACUGAGCUGGUACACGUGUAUAUAGUGGAUAACAUAGAUGUUUUUGUGCGUUUGGCGUUGGAGUAUUUGCUGGGAAUGAGCAUGGUUGGGAUUGGGGCUGAUCAUGGAUAGUGGGUUGUGGGAUGGGAAGGAGAGGGGAUGGUAUAGUUUGUAUUCAUUGUGAGAAGUGUAUUUUACUGCAUUAUUGUAUGCUGUUUCAAUUGCGAUUAUUUUCCGUCUCUGCAAAUGUUGUAUCUGCGCAUUUUCAGGACCGCCAUGAACAUAUCCAAACUAGUGCGAGCUCGCGCUAGUGUGUGUAAAAAGGCUCAUGAUACUGUACUUGGGUUCUCACAUAACAUUCAGCGGAACUUUGAUAUAUCGACUGG